AUGCCAAUUAUAAGGAUUCUUACAAACCUUUAUGCUAAGCAACGAAGGCCCCGGCAGGGAGGCAGGGCUGGCUUCUCGGCGGCGGACGACACCUUCACGGUGCCCCUGAUGGACGCGGACUUUCAGCUCCUCGCGAGCGACCCGCUAAAGGCAAAGUCAACGGUCGUGAACAAGGUCGAGCUGGGCGAGGGCAGCCGGCGUAUCCAUGCGGCUAAGGGCCAAGAGUGGCUAGUGGCGCUGCUAAGCAAGACGGGCCUUGUCAGGGACGUCAUUGCCUCUCCCAAGUCGAUGAACGACGAGGACCUCAUAGCAAGAGUCUGA